UCUGUGACUGCUAUUUGCUUCACUUGUUUCCUUAUAAGGUGUUUCGUGGUUAUGCUCUCAGCCUUUGAUUUAGAUGCAUCACUAGAUGUAUUGGACCAUCCAGUUUUGAAUUUAAUCUACUACAUGCUGGUUGAGAUUCUUCCUUCAGCUCUGGUUCUGUACAUCUUGCGCAAGCUGCCUCCAAAAAGAGUACCAUCAGCACAGUGUCACCCUAUCCGGUAGUUGAUGCAAGAAAAGCUCAUAUACAUAAAUUUCUUGGCAUUCUUCGCAAGACCGAAUUGAAGCCUCGAAGUAACCAGAUUUAUUAUCACUCUGGAAUGGCUCUGGUCAUGAGAUUUCAUUUUGCCUGUAUUUUGUGGGAGUCUGAUUUGAUGUUAACAAUGGCGAUUUAUUGAGAAGCUUGCCAUUUUAAUUGAAACUUAGCCUUUCUGUUAGCAUAGUUUUGUAGUUGCUUUUAUCAUUUUAAGUUUUAAUAGUUGUGAU